CAAGUUACAAUUUUAAACGCACAAUAUUAAAUUGUUAUUAAAGACUCAUUAACUAAGUAAAUGCAACAAUCCAAAAUUAGAACGUCGCGUCGCACUAUGCGUAUAAAAGCCAACGUUACCACCGAAGAAGCAUUCAGUCACCAGGAAGUACAGAAACAGCAAGAUGUUCGCUAAGUUGGCCAUCCUUUUCGUCGCGGUUGCCGCAGUCAGCGCGGGUUACCUGGAGCCAGCGGUAAUUCCAUCAGUCCGCACCUACGUGCAGCACACGCCGAUCGCCAUCCCACAGCCGCCGAUCACCUACAGCGUACCGCCGACCGCCAGAGCCGAUCAUCUUCCUCCCGUGGUCACAUCUUCGUACGGCUUCUCCACGUCGCACAUCCCUGGACCCGCGCCCAUCCUCCGCGCUCAUCACCCCGUCGCCGCAGCGCCUUUGUUGGGUCACGAGUUCGGUCUGGCACGCGGAUACGCCGCCGGUUACGGAUUUGGCGGACACUACGCCGCCGCUCCUCUGGCUCUCGGACGCGCAUUCGCCUCCCCUCUCUCCUACGCGCGUUCCUCGUACGCCGCGCCGACCUUCGGAUACGCCGCCGGCGCCGUAGCCGCUCCCUUCGGUUUGGCGCGCGGAUAUGGAUGGUAAUUAAAUCAACCCCAACUUUGGCCAACGAUUAUUAAGAUG